ACGAACUAGUAUCCUAAGAAUUAGACCUGCUUUUAUGUGAGAGAUCUUCUAGGUAUUAGAAAAAGAAUAUUGCAUUGGAUGGGAUAAAACCCACGCACAUAUCUAGGAGGUCGAGCUGCUCAAACUCGUGUCAGUGAUGGCGCAUUGCGACGUCUGUGGGCGUUCCUUUGCGCGAAACGAGCAUCUUAUUCGGCAUCACAGAACCCAUACAGGUGAGCGACCAUUUCGCUGCCCUCACUGUAAAAUCGGAUUUCAUCGCGCCGAUGUCAGGGCGAAGCAUAUGAAGAAAAUUCAUCCAGAGAAUGUAUCGCCGUCAGAAUCUUCGGGGUCCCUCUCACAAACUCCAGUUGAAGAAUGUAAGCCUAAGGAGAGAGAGCGUUCAAAGUUGGCAUGCGACCAAUGUCGAAAGCGAAAACUGAAGUGCAACAACGUCCGGCCAUGCGAAUCAUGUCGCACCAAGAUGCUGUCUUGCACAGUUUCGAGCACUAGCAGGCCACCCGGCAGGCCUCGUAACCCAGUGCUUAUUGCCACGAGUGAACGAAUUAUCCGUGGAAAAGUAGAUAAUUCCGACGUGCCUCCGGUUCCCCAGCCCUGGGUACCGAAUAGCCUUGAGUUACCCCUAGUUCGAUCUAACCCCAUGCCCGGUAUACCUGGGAUCGACGUACCGGACACUAGAGGCGGCGGCGGCGCAUAUCCGGGGACUACAGAUCUCACACCACUAGGCAUGAACCAAUGGAUGACUCCGGAGACAGGAAACUUCUCAAUACACGCUCCGUUCCCAAACGAAUCUAUACCAAUCGACCACAUCUGUGGCGAUACGGAUCUGAUGGAUAAUAUACUCCCCCAGCUCGACCUAGGGAAUUGGUUGGAUGACCUUAACGAGUUCUCCGCAACAGACGACACAUGGCCACUGGACUCUCUAUCAUUCAACAUCGACUCUGAUCCGUCUAUGGACAGCGCUAUUGAGAUGAUGAAAGAUCACUUCCAAAGGCGAUCGCGAGCAACAUCCCCCCCUCGAGAGGAACAGAGACGAUCUUGGUAUUCAGCUCCGCCACAAUUAUAUGUUUAUGAUAAAGACGUCCUGAACAUUCUUCUUAAUGUUUCCAAGACACACAUCACAAGCACGUUUUCUAUAUUUUCUGAUUUUGAAGCGAAUCAUGAUACCCGGGUAGAGCUCUGCCUCGCCAUGGCCGCCGUUGGUGGCCUUUAUUGUACUGCAUAUGGCAGUAUGAAGGUCGCCAAGAUGUUAUUCAACGACUCCCGGCGGCUACUUUACGAGAAAUAUCAUCUGGAAGACCCCAUAGACUUUGAUACAUUAUUGAGCAUCGCCAAGACGUUCAUCCUACUAGAGAUCUACGAGUUGUGUAGCGGGGACAAACGAGCCUAUGAGUUCAUUGAAGUCUUUCAUGCGAGUAAAGUGAAUGCAGUUGGCUCUUGCAUAAGCGCCUUGCCGUGCGAUGCUCCCCUAGACCAGCGACGUAAAGCAAGACUGCUUUUGGAAGCGGUUCGUAUUCUUGAUUGUUACAGAGUGCUGUUGCUACAGAGGCCACCGUCAUUUAUAGGAGAAACUCAGAUCGGCCUACACGCGGCUGGUGAAGCUCUUGGGUUCCAUUCUCUCCCUACAGGUGGGUUGGUCUCUACCUCAAAUGGCGACAAUCUGCUUGGUGUGCCAGCUACGGAAAUGGAUUAUCUAGCGACUAUUAUAUGCUACAGCUGGAUGGCGAGCCCGCAGAACACGGAAAACUCUUCACAUACUCCUCUGUGGAGACUGGAGUUCGUCGAGCUUGCGCUAAAUCGAUGGAUUCAAGCAAAAACAGCCGAGAUGGAAUACCCAUCCCAACUCGAAGUAUCUCAAAUGUUACUAUAUCACCUUACACAGGUGGCACUUCAUUCUAAUCUAAACCACCUACAGCGUCUUACCCAAGUAGCCCUACAAGCCUCGAAACCUCCUCAGGAGGGAGGUGCUCUGGACUCGAUCAGAGCAUGGCGAGAUAGUCACCGCUUCAACGUGGCUCAGUGGCACGCCAAGACGACCCUUCGUAUUGCGCAGGAAGCUAUAACAGCACCCCGCCGCCACGUCUCGUCUGCAAAGGACAAACUCCGAAUUUCUGAAGCUCCGCACUUACCGCUAUGUAUUUACUUUGCGACUUUGGUCGUGUGGUGGGGAGAGCUCAUAUCGGAUGGGCGAGAAACUGGCUCGGUCAACACUUCUGCAAUAGAGACUGGAUCUCAGCUGUUGUUCAGGUUGAAAGUCCCUGUAUCUAAAAUCCUGGGGACUGCCCUCUGUGAACUCCUCCCUAAUGAAAGGUAGGAUGAACGGCGUGAAAGGGAGAUAUCCGGGUUGUUGAGAUAGAAAGUCAGCUUAAAGAGAAUCAAGGCUCUAGAUAGGUACGCACCAUGGCAGGGAAGGAGAAGAUGUCCUAGAAAUUUUCGGAAGAUAGGUCACCACCACAUGAACAUGCGCAGUCCCAUACUGAAAAGGUUUUAUUCUUAGGAAGGAGUGAGAAGAUAUAUCGAUUUAUGCCUGUUAUACUAGCUAAUACUGGAAUAACCCUUUGGGUCAGGAU